UAAGCGACAUCACGUUUUCAUGGCGACGCGCAUGUAUUCGCGUCGGCUGUGUUGAGCUUGACAACUUUGAUUAUACUCGCUGACAUUUUGCGAAAUGUGCUGGUAACUCGCGCGUAUCACUUGUGCAUAGCUGUUCGAUCGGUGCCAAUCAUGAGCCGCGACAAGAAGGUGAAGCGGUCCAAGACCGCUAACGAUGUCUCCAACUCCAGCUCGGGGCCGAAUCUCCACAUGGACUACUUCCAAAUAGAGGAGGAAGAAGCAAAGACACGUGAUCCGCAGGAUGACGAGACUCUCUUCCGGAGGACCUGUGGUGAGAUUCAGGCGAACAUGAGGAAGAUCCUGGAAAUGAAGCUGCAGCGGAGAUCCGUGGCUGACAUUGAAAAACUUCGGGUGGAGACGUCCUUGCUGUUCCUGGGACUGAAGAAGAUCAACCGCAUGGACAAGCAUCGGCUCAAAGUGGCAAAGGAUGCUGUCAAUGAGAAGAAGCAGAAAGUGGACAACUUCCACCUCCAGCUUCAGAACCUGACAUACGAGGUGAUGCAUCUGCAGAAAGAGGUCACCAAGUGCAUGGAAUUCAGGUCCAGGGAUGAGGAGAUCGAUCUGGUACCAGUAGAGGAGUUCCGCAGGGAGGCACCAGCAGAGGUUCUCAAGAAGGACCUGACUGAUGGAGACCCACAUCAACUGACCCUGGCAAGGCUUCAAUGGGAGCUUGUACAAAGAAAAGAGCUUGCCCAGAAGCUGCGGGGUCUGGAGUCGAUGCGCGAACAGUACGAGCACGAGAUUGAGCGCAAGCGCGAGUGCCUGUCCGGCAUCCAGCCUACGCUGCAGGCGGUGCUGGAGGCAGCACAGCCCCUGCAGGCUGACCUGGGCCUACCGCUGCAGGCUCGCCAGGGGGAGCACGCCAAUGCCCAGUACCUGGCACGGCCCCUGUACGUGCUUUACGUGCAGGCGGCCGCCUACCAGCACGCUUACGGUGAUUGUUUCGAGGUUGGCAUGGAAGGCAGUGUGGAGGAGUCCAAGGCGCUCCUUGAAAUGACGCAAGAAAAUCGAGAGGAGGACAGCGGGGAAUCUGACCAGGAGGAAUCUAAUGCUGGAAAGCGACAUAGGAGGCUGACCCGUAGUGGAACUGGCGCAUCCAACGUGGCCAAGUGUCUGCAAAAACAUCCACUCACCGUGGUCCUCACUCUCCAGCACAAAGGGUACAAACUACAGAUUACGUUUACAUACGUCAUCGCCCUACACAUUGUCACAGUCACGGCCAAGGUCACCGAACCUCACGGUGUCUCAAGUGGUGUCUCUGCAAGCCCAGCUAUGUCCCCAUCCACGAUUCUUGACAACUUGUUCGGUGAUGACAGUGGCCUCUGUUCUCCAAAUCCCGCCAACCAUUUUCAGCUUAAGAAAAAUGGGUUGGAGGACUUCUCCAAAGUAGUGGCCGAGGUGGGCAAGGCUUAUCGCUGGGCACAGCGCCUCGCGGGCCUGGAGUUCCUGCAGGGUUCCGGUGCCACCGUGGCAGCCAGCCACGAAGUUGGGCGGGCCUUCGUGGAAGAGUUCGCGCGCUCCAUCACUGCCCGCUUUGCAGCUCGUGUUAGCCUUUACGAGCAGCUCCUUUCCUUGGAAAAAGGCCUGGUGCAAGUUCCUGCACUGCUGGCAGAUCAUUUUCCCACCAAAGUGACCUCAGUGCUGAAGCAAUGGACCCAGGUGACCCAUGCCGACGUAGAGAGCCACCCAUCACACAAGGAGAUGGAGGAGCUGGGCCUGAUUCGAGGGGAUGAGCUCGUGUACCAGGCUGUGCUUCGCCGGGGAUCUGCCACGGUGAAGGCCUUGGUGCUGUUGCGGGACAACUACCCAAAGGAGGCACCCCUAUUUCUGCUGGUGCUUCAGCUGCGUGAAGAGUGCUCCAGCCGAGAUGAUGAUGCUGUCAAGGAGCUGGAGUGCGAAUUGAACCUGCACUGCGUGGAGCAGGAGCAAGCGCUGGCGGGUGACCAACUGCUGAGCUGUCAACUCCAGCAGCUUCUGGUCUCCAUGGAUGUAUUGCUUGAGUCAUUCUGUGAUCACUUGGAUGCACCACGCGAAUUUUCCAGGGACAAGGUGCUGGCCCGGACGGCAAGGGGUCCAGGCAGAAGUCGGCCGUACAAGUUCCUCCCAAAACCAGGCAUUUUCACACAAAGGACAUGAGCAGAUGUCUGUUCCUCAUAAAAAUCUGCACUAAUAAAGAAGCAUCAAGACCAUUGAA